UUAUGGUUCUUUUAGCCAACUUCUUCCUUAUUUAGUGAAAUUCAUAACAAAUAAGUACAAAUUAAAACCAUAAACAAACCAGUAGUUAAAACAACAGACAUUUAUUCUCUCCCAGUGCUGAAGGCCAGAAGCCUGAGAUCAAGGUGUUGGCAAGGCCAGCCUCCCUCUGAAGCCUCCAGAGGAGAAUCCUUCCUCCCGUCUUCCAGCUCCUGGUAGCUCCCGGCAGUCCUGGGUGUCCUUGGCUUGUGGCGCAUCACUCCAGUCCCUGCCUCGGUCUUCAUGUGUCUGCCUUCUUGUCCGUGUGUCCUCUUCUCUGUCAUAAGGUCACGAGUCCUUGGACUUAGGACCCAUCCUGAUCUAGUAUGACCUCACCCUAGCUUAACUAAUUAUAUCUGCAAAGACCCUAUUUCCAAAAAAAGUCACAUUGUGAGGUUCUGGGAGGCUAUGAAUUUUAGAGGAUACUAUUCAACCCAUGACAGAUACCAAAGGAGAAAAUUAUGUUAUGUCCUGUCAUUUGGGCAACAGCCUUUACUGAGGAUGAGGUAGAGAAGUAACCCACUCUGAAUCACAGAUGUGCUCAGGAAACUUUGUCAACAAAACAGCCAUUAAUUUGGUUUGAUAACCAAUAGUUGUUGAUAACCCAAGUUAUCAUUGAUGAUAAUAAGCAACUAACAGAGUAUCCUCUUGACCAUGUGGUGUUUAGACUUUGGCCGUUGCUGGCCCCACGGUGACACAGGAAGGAACUGGCUGGUCCCAGUAGGGAGUUAUCACACCUAUAGGCGCUUACUCAGCAGCUGCAAGGAACCUAUCACUUUACUAGGUGGGGAGGGUGGCACAGAAGAAAGGUCCCCAAUUGCUUAUCCUCAAGAAACUUGCACUAUUGUGAUUCCUUGGUACAUGUGAAGCAAACAGAGGUCAGUAAAUAGGUGGACCAUUUGUCAUUCUGAAUACAUUUCCAUGAAAUUUGGAAGCUCAUUAGCAAAAUAUGUCUUUUGUUUGAUUUGGGCAUAUUGAUUUGGAUAUCAUCUUCAAACAAAAUGGUAGCUGAUGUCUGCUACAUUCAUUGUAGACAUCAUAUAGCUGAGAAGUUUUUCUGCAUAGGGUCCAGUGUUUGUAGAGUAAAUAUCAUUAGAGCUGUCGUUACUAGAUUUGGUGAUGACAGAGAUGUGGGCAGUUCAGCAGUGAGCAGUGGUGACUUAAAGUGGGAGAGGAUUGGGUGAAGGGUACUAGCUGAUUGUUGCUUGGAUUUUAUGGCCUUAAUGCAUGGCAUUUCCAUAGCGUAUACUUAUUAGUUUGAAGCAGAUCUGUUCCUAAUAUCCUUGGGUCCUGAGUCUUGAAAUUCUUUGCUUUCCAGUUCUGUCUUCCUCCACCCCAAGAGGGGCCUCCUAGUGAGCGUGUGUUGCUCUAUCCUGCGUGUUGCUCUGCUGUCCCUGAGGUGCACACACUGCGGGUACCGUGGUCCUGCAGGAGAACAGGUCCAGGGGAUGGGGCUUGUGAGGUCUGGAGGUAGAUCAGAGAGGUCCUGGGUGCAGAUACCUAGAGCGCAGCCUGGGAUGCAGCUGGGGCAUGGCUGGCACCUUUCUGUGGGGUUCUGAGGCCAGUCGGGGACAAGAGGGGUACUGCAGGCUUACCUGGGCUGGCCCAUUUUAACUCUUCCUGGACUUUUGUAUCACCCCUGGGUAGGGUUGUUACUCACACCAUAAAGUGGUGUAGCUCCCAUGGUUUCCAGUUCAUUCUUCCAACAGCCAUUGUUGAGUGUCUGUCAUAUCCGAGGCAUUCUCCUGGACAUUUUGAGAAAUGCAGUGAUGAGCAGGAUGGAUCUUGCCCUCAGUGAGCUUGCAAGUCUUGCUGGGGAGAAAGACGCGUGUGUAUACCUCUCUUAAUGAAGUGGAAAGUGAUAGUUGUUACGGGAACAUUCCAGUUAACUUGUUAUGGGGAGUCAAAACCCAGAAAGAUGCUACUUGUCUGGGUGGGCUGUGGGAUGGGGAAGAUGAGGAGAUCAGGGGCUUUGUGGAGCAGCGGCUUGUGUGUGGUUUGAAGGAUGAAUCAAUGUGGAUUUGUCAUUGUAAGCAGCAGUUGGAAAAGGGUCCCCUCCUUGUGGCAUUUGUUAGUGGAUUCAGUAGGACUAGCUGAGUAAUGUUAAGAUUUGGGAGAAUGACAGGCACCAUGUAUUUUCACCUGUAACAUCAAUCUUUUGACUUAGCAACCCUAAAUUAGCCUGAGAGUCCAACAUUUUUUUAUGUACUAUGUGUGUAUAGUCCUCUUUUGAGUUUAACUUGGAUAGCUUUGCCUUUCUUCAACAUUAUUAAUAGGGUCUUGGUACAGACUUUUUAGUUAUAACACAACAUGUACGUCCUGAAGGAACAGGGCUUAUGGAAAAAAUAGAGCCGGGGCCGGGCUGCUCAAACUCCAUGUAGCUUGGAAAUAGUAUAAAAAAUCAUAAAAAAUACAUGAUACAUUUCUAAUACAUAAAACAGUAUUAUGGUAAGUAUGGGGCUUUAUAUUAGGAAAAAGAUUGUUGGAAGGGGAUGAGGUUGCUGGACUAGCUAGAUCGGAGCAGGAAGGAGCAAGUGGAAAGCAGGUCGAAGAUAGCAUGGUGGAACUGCACUGUCAGGGGAACAGGCAUUGUGCUCGGAGCUCUGGGUUCCCCUGCACCCCCAAAAAUUCCAAGGCUGGUGACCUUUGCCGUCGGUGGCCCUUCCAUGGUUGUGCCCCUUUUAACUCUUGCUGGACUUUUAUAUCACCCCUGGGUAAGGCUGUUAUUCACACCAUAAAGUGGUGUAGCUGCAAUGGAUUCUGGUUCCAACAGCGAUUUUUGAGUGUCUGUCCUCUCUAAGACAUUCUACUGGACAUUUUGAGAAAUGCAAUAAUUUCUUAAAUGCAAUGAUUUCUCCGUGAUGUGGCGCAUUCCUAUGCUGGAAAAACCAUGUUUGAGCCCAUGGUCUGUCACCUAGACUGAUAUGACAGUGGCCCUCUGUUGGCCAGUGGAGGAGGCGUUGGCCUGGUUACAGAGCCCGCCUUCUGGCAGGUAGACCAGGUCCGCCUUCUCCAGUGUGGUUGGGCCAGAACCCCAGGAUGGUGAGCCUUUCUUUGUGGUUGUUGCUCUGCCAAUCUUGAGUCAGUCCUUGCUUUUUCCUGGCAGAAAGUGUUUUGGGUAUUCUGUGCUCUGAAGGCUCAGUGCAGCGUUGAGCUUCAGUUCCUCGUGUUUCCUGGGGGAUGAGGUUCCCUGUGAGUCUCCUUGUUAUGACUUGAGACAGUGGAUAAUAGUUACAAAAGCAGGUCUUGGUUUAGUGAGAGCUGGUUCAGGUGGCUGAAAAACACGACUGUUUGACCGACUUCCUUUCAAAGAUUUAUAAUCCAGCCCUAAAUAUGUGAAUGUUUCUCUCUUCGCUCUCUCCUCUCUUUCUUUCCACCUUCCCCCAUCUCUCUCCCUUGUAUGUCUCUGUCUCUCCCUCCCUCUUUCUGCCCACAUGUCCCAUCUUUCUCUGUGAACACUGAAGGAGAGAACUCUUUUAAAAGUUAAUGAACGAGUUGCAGUGGAACCCUACUAGAUUUUCCUUCCAUUAAAUGCCUGCUACAGACUUUUAAUGGAUGUUUUAACUAGGCAUUGUUAUCAAAAGGACUGUUGCACAAAUUAAAACCAGGCCCACAAUCUGUGAAGAGAAACCGGAUUUACUUUUUGCCUUCAGGUAAAAAAGAAAAAUGCAUGGAGGAGGUGAACUCCACAUUGAUAUUUUUAGAAGUUGGAUGUGAGAAGUAGCCAGUGCCACCUGAAGCUAUGGAAACAAACAGGAGCUUGGACUCUGCAGGCAUACCUCUUUUUAAAGUGAAGACAUUUACAGGAAGCCCUGGAUUUUUAAGGCUUAUGUUCCUGAGGAAGAAUUGAAGGCAGCAGAAAUAGAUGAAGAGCACGUGGAGGAUGACGGGCUGUCUUUGGACAUUCAGGAAAGUGAGUACAUGUGCAAUGAAGAGACGGAGAUCAAAGAGGCGCAGAGCUACCAGAACUCCCCAGUCAGCUCUGCGACUAACCAGGACGCCGGCUACGGGUCGCCCUUCAGUGAGAGCAGCGACCAGCUGGCCCAUUUCAAAGGCUCUUCCUCUCGAGAAGAGAAGGAGGAUCCGCAGUGUCCCGACAGCGUCUCCUACCCCCAGGACAGCCUGGCACAGAUCAAAGCUGUGUAUGCAAACUUGUUCUCUGAGUCCUGCUGGUCCAGCUUAGCUCUGGAUUUAAAGAAGUCGGGUUCCACCACCAGCACCAAUGAUGCCAGCCAGAAGGAGAGCUCCGCCCCCACCCCCACGCCCCCCGUCUGCCCAGCCAGCACCGCCGGCCCCACGGCGAGCACGCCCAGCACCAGCUGCAGCUCCAGCACCAGCCACAGCAGUACCACCAGUACCAGCAGCAGCUCCGGGUACGACUGGCACCAGGCCGCACUGGCCAAGACGCUGCAGCAGACGUCCUCGUACGGGCUGCUCCCCGAGCCCAGCCUGUUCAGCACCGUGCAGCUCUACCGCCAGAACAACAAGCUCUACGGCUCCGUCUUCACUGGCGCCAGCAAGUUCCGGUGCAAAGACUGCAGCGCCGCGUACGACACGCUGGUGGAACUGACGGUGCACAUGAACGAGACAGGCCACUACCGUGAUGACAACAGGGACAAGGACUCCGAGAAGACCAAGCGGUGGUCCAAGCCCAGGAAGCGCUCCCUGAUGGAGAUGGAGGGGAAGGAGGACGCCCAGAAGGUGCUGAAGUGCAUGUACUGUGGACACUCCUUUGAGUCCUUGCAGGACCUCAGCGUCCACAUGAUCAAAACCAAGCAUUACCAGAAAGUGCCUCUGAAGGAGCCAGUGCCAGCCAUCACCAAACUGGUCCCCUCCACCAAAAAGCGGGCGCUUCAGGACCUGGCGCCCCCCUGCUCCCCUGAGCCAGCAGGAAUGGCCGCAGAGGUGGCCCUGAGUGAAUCAGCCAAGGAUCAGAAAGCGGCGAACCCAUACGUCACGCCCAAUAACCGCUACGGCUACCAGAACGGUGCCAGCUACACCUGGCAGUUCGAGGCCCGCAAGGCACAGAUCCUCAAGUGCAUGGAGUGUGGCAGCUCCCACGACACCCUGCAGCAGCUCACCGCCCACAUGAUGGUCACCGGGCACUUCCUGAAAGUGACCACCUCAGCCUCAAAGAAGGGCAAGCAGCUGGUGCUGGACCCCGUGGUGGAAGAGAAGAUCCAGUCCAUCCCCCUGCCGCCCACCACCCACACGCGGCUGCCGGCCUCCAGCAUCAAAAAGCAGCCCGAGUCUCCCGCAGGGUCCACAGCUUCGGAAGACAAGAAAGAGCCGGAGAAGGAGAAGCCGCCCGUGGCUGGUGAUGCGGAGAAGAUCAAGGAGGAGAGUGAGGACAGCUCGGAGAAAUUUGAGCCCAGCACCCUGUACCCCUACCUGCGCGAGGAGGACCUGGACGACAGCCCCAAGGGAGGGCUGGACAUUCUCAAGUCCCUGGAGAAUACCGUCUCCACGGCCAUUAGCAAAGCCCAGAAUGGCGCACCCUCGUGGGGUGGUUACCCCAGCAUCCACGCGGCCUACCAGCUGCCGGGCACCGUGAAGCCACUCCCGGCGGCCGUGCAGAGUGUGCAGGUGCAGCCGUCCUAUGCUGGCGGCGUGAAGUCGCUGUCUUCCACCGAGCACAACGCCCUCCUGCACUCGCCGGGGAGCCUCACGCCCCCACCGCACAAGAGCAAUGUGUCUGCCAUGGAGGAGCUGGUGGAGAAGGUCACGGGCAAGGUCAGCAUCAAGAAGGAGGAGAGGCCCCCUGAGAAGGAGAAGAGCUCCCCGGCCAAAGCUGCGUCCCCCGUAGCAAAAGAGAAUAAAGAUUUCCCUAAAACGGAGGAAGUCAGCGGCAAACAGCAGAAGAAGGGCCCUGAGGCCGAGACCGGGAAGGCCAAAAAGGAGGGACCGCUGGACGUUCACACCCCAAACGGCACAGAGCCUCUCAAAGCAAAGGUCACCAACGGCUGUAACAACCUGGGGAUCAUCACCGACCACUCGCCAGAGCCUUCCUUCAUCAACCCUCUGAGCGCUUUGCAGUCCAUCAUGAACACCCACCUGGGCAAGGUGUCCAAGCCCGUGGGCGCCUCGCUGGACCCGCUGGCCAUGCUCUACAAGAUCAGCAACAGCAUGCUGGACAGGCCGGCGCGCCCCGCCGCCUCGGUGAAGCAGGCCGACGCCAUCGACCGCUACUACUACGAAAACAGCGACCAGCCCAUUGACUUAACCAAGUCCAAGAACAAGCCGCUGGGGUCCGGCAUGGCCGAUCCGGUGGCGUCACCUCUGCGGGAGAGCGCGCUCAUGGACAUCUCUGACAUGGUAAAAAAUCUCACAGGCCGCCUGACGCCCAAGUCCUCCACGCCCUCUACAGUGUCGGAGAAGUCUGAUGCUGAUGGCAGCAGCUUUGAGGAGGCACUGGAUGAGCUGUCACCGGUCCACAAGAGGAAGGGCCGGCAGUCCAACUGGAACCCGCAGCACCUGCUCAUCCUGCAGGCCCAGUUCGCCUCGAGCUUGCGGGAGACCACAGAGGGCAAGUACAUCAUGUCGGACCUGGGCCCACAGGAGAGGGUGCACAUCUCGAAGUUUACCGGCCUCUCCAUGACCACCAUCAGCCACUGGCUGGCCAAUGUGAAGUACCAGUUGAGGAGGACAGGGGGAACGAAAUUCCUAAAGAACCUGGACACAGGGCAUCCUGUUUUCUUUUGCAACGAUUGUGCCUCUCAGUUCAGAACUGCAUCUACAUACAUAAGUCAUUUGGAGACGCACUUGGGCUUCAGCCUGAAGGAUCUAUCCAAGCUGCCACUCAAUCAGAUUCAAGAACAGCAGAAUGUUUCGAAAGUCCUCGCCAACAAAACUCUGGGCCCGCUGGGGGCCACCGAGGAAGACUUGGGCUCCACAUUCCAAUGUAAGCUCUGCAACCGGACUUUUGCGAGCAAGCACGCAGUCAAACUGCACCUUAGCAAGACUCAUGGCAAGUCCCCCGAGGACCACCUGAUCUAUGUGACUGAGUUGGAGAAACAGUAGCGUCCAGGUAUGCAAGAGACCACGGAACAUUGCACUAAACGUCGUCGAGCUGCACUAGGCCUGGCCUGAGCCUCUAAAAUCAGUCUUUCCUUUGUUGCUGGCCCGCCUCUCUGGACCUUGGUUUUCUUACACAUAUUUUGUAUAUUUAUAUGCUCUCUGUCCGAUCUGUGCAUGUUAUUUUUCUUUUUCCGUGAGUCAAAGUCUGACCUUUAUUUUCAACAUCUGUUCUUGAUGUUAAGCUAUCUUUUGUAGGAAAUAGUGGGGCACACUACUCAGAGACAUUAUUUAGCAGUAAAGAAAGACACAAAUAACAAUGAUAAAAAGACAUCCUAAAAUGACGAAGUUGCCAUGACAAUAAAGGUCAUAGAACCUGGUAGUGUCAAAUUUAACCCUUUGAGGACUGUAAUUGCAUUUCUGUGCCUUUCACUUGAAAAAAAAGAAAAAAAGGCUUAAAGGCAUUUCAUUCAGAUCAAAAGCUGUGUCAGACACAAAACUUAUUUAAUAAUUAAAAAAUGAGCUUUUAUAUGCAGAACUGGUUUGUGAGGAAACAUGCAUGCAGCUGUGGGAAGAUAGAAAGCUGUGUAGGACUCAUGGGGUUUGGAAGCCACACCUCUACAUGUCUAAAACAAAAAACAACAACAGAUACCCACUCGCCACUAUGCCCAAACCCUCUGGAUGCGGAAAAAUGCCACUUUCGGCAAAAAAAAAAAAAAAAAAAAAGUAUGCAAGCUAUUAUUUAAAAAUGUAUAAAAAUGCUAUUUCUUUUUUCCUGUAAAAUAUUGCGGUUUAUAGUUAUUUACAAAUGUAAGCUUUGGUACAAGCUGACCUUUCUAUAGCGUGCUGCAUUGGUAAAUGAAAAAAAAAUGGGGCAAACGUUGGAGUCCUUUCCUUGUAAAUUGCCAGCAUCAGCUUAAAAACUCCUGUAUGUUACAUAUCGUACCAUUUUAAUCUCUUCAACUUUCUUUGUACCUUCUGGCUGUAUGCUUUCCCUUUUAACUUUUUAUAUUGUCAUUUUAUAUUAAAUUUCUGUGUAUAUAAUGUAAAACCACAAUUUUUGAAUAAAAUUUAGUUCCUGCAGCUUGAUUUAAAUAGAGGACUUUUACUGGCACCUGCAUCUCUCCAGAUGCAUGUACUCAGAGGGACUGUCAGACAAAAAUAAAUACAUAAAAACAAAGCAAGCAAUGCACUAUUAAUUAUACAUUUUGAUGUUCUAUCAUUAAUAUUGUACAGUACAUUUUGGUUCACACAAUUAAAUCCACUGUUUUCUCAGAUGUAAAAUAAACCCACAUGCAGUUCUUGAUUUACA